GCUUUUUCCCUCUAUUUCCAGUCCAACCAGAUACGGAGAUGUGCCCCACACCCCGCUCCUCUCUCUCUCUCUAAAUCCAUGACGACCCUUUGAUGUUUGAUCGAGAAUCUGAAAACCCACCGAAGAGACUUCUCUGAUUUUCUCUGGGUGGUGCUUGAAUAUUCAGAGGAUGGGUUGCUUCCUUGGUUGCUUCGGUGCUUCGAAGAAUCGCCGGCGUCAGAGACGCAGGGAACAUGUCCAGCCUCGAGGAAACAGAAUCUCUGAGGGGCCUACGAAGGGUGACUAUCUGAAUGCGACGGUUCCUACUGUGGAGGAAGUCCCUAACGUCAUUCCGAUCACUGAUGUCAGUGAAAAAGUUGAAGAGAAAUGCAAUCAGAGCCCUGGUCGGAAGAGAGUUACUUUUGACUCCAUUGUCAAAACCUAUGAACAUAUUCUACCGGAGGAAUCUGUUGAACUUCCAAAAGAGGAGAAAGAAGAGGACAAGCCCCAAGAUAAAUCGGUGAAGUCAUGCCAGACUCAAUCUUCAUCCGAGAACAGCUCCAUUUCAUCAAAGACAUCAGGUUCCUUCCCUUCAAAUCACAGAUACCAGAAUUGCAGAGAGAGUGAUGAUGAAGAGGAGGAUGGAAUAGACAGCGAGGGAAGUGAUCUAGAUGAUGAUGAAGAUGAGGAUGGGUUGCUCGAUGAAGAUUAUUAUAGCGAUAGUGAUGACUAUUACGAGACCAAGCUCCUGAACCAGGCCAAAGACGUUUACACGGAGGAGAUUGCAGAUAAUGGCUUGGACAUAGGGGAGAUAGAAGCGAAGCCGAGAGGGUCCAAUGCAAGCGCUAGAGACAGAAGUGGCUAUGUCCACCCAGUGUUGAACCCAGUUGAAAAUCUCUCUCAGUGGAAAGCUGUGAAAUCCAAACGUAGAGCAACACCGAUACAAAAUCAAAAGGAGAAUCUUAACCUCGUCUCAGAUAUAGAAGACAAACGGGAUUCUUUCAGCAUAGAACCUGGGUUUGACCAAUCAUCAUUCAGCUUCAAGCCAAAACCCAAAGAUGAACCCAAGAAAACAAAGAACCAAGAAUUUGCUGUUGACACAAGCCUUUCAACAUGGUUAUCUGCUUCAGAGACGACGAUCAGUGCCUGUAACAGUGUUUCGAUGGGGUUUGCAGCCACAACGCCUGAGAAAAACACCUCCUUCAAUUCAAGAUCACCGAUUAAAAACCACGAUGACAGGCCUAUACUGGGUGCCUUGACAGUGGAGGAGAUCAAACAGUUCUCAGCCACUUCUUCACCAAGGAAAUCUCCAAGCAGAAGCCCUCAUGAUGAUACGCCUAUUAUUGGUUCAGUCGGAGGUUACUGGAACCACUCUGAUGCCGUAAAGGAUAGUGGGUCUGCUUCUUCAUUCAAGGGAAUACCGAACACGACCAGCAAGUACAGAGAGGAUAAGAGAGUGAAUUGGCGUUCAACACCAUUUGAGGCAAGAUUGGAGAGAGCUUUGAACAGAGGAGGACACUAGUGAACUUAAACGGUAUCUAUUAGUGCAUCCAUGAGAUUUUUGUGCCACUUUGUUUGUGAGUGUUCUUCGAUUUCUCAGUCUAAAACCCGCUUUUUUUUUGUUUGAUACUGAAUAAUUUUGUAUCACUACGCAUAUUGCUUUGCAGUAAUGUUAUAUGUAAUGUUCUUGU